UUUAUUUUCUUUAUCUAUACUUGCUUUAACACGUGAUUACAAAGAAAGUAUGGUAUGUCGAUUGAAAGUAUUUUCAUCAUUUCACUUUCAAAACUCAUUACGUGUCUUAAAUUUUAAUACAAAUAUUACAUCUUUGUCUUUACAAUAUAUUUUUAGAAUAAUAACUUAUAAAAAAAACAUAUACUUUGAUAUAUGAUAUGAGUGUUUUGAAGCAAGCAUCGCUUGGCAACAGUGGUGGCAAUUCUAUAAUAGUUCUGUAAUAUUUUCCCUAUUUUUUUUUUGAUUUUAAAUUGGAAUUUAAUUUUAAUUCCAAUUAUUACUAAUUAUGAUUUAAUUCCGAAUCGAAUCAUAAUUUUAAAAACGAGAAAAUAUCUCGAUGCAUGAUACAAAAUGCUUUGAAUAUUAGGUAUUUUUCUAUACUUCAUCUGUGCUAAUUGUUUUCAUAUAUUACUUUAAGUUUAACAAUGGAUACUCCAGGAUCUCAAGCUUUGGAAGUGGCUAAAAAUAUGAAAGACUUAGCUGUAUUUAAAAAACCAUUAGGUGUUGCAAAAAAGCAUAAAAAAGUACAACCAAAAAUCCUAGAUGAAGAUACAUAUAUAAAAAGGAUGGGAGAAAUUAUUCAAAGAGAUUUUUUUCCACAUUUAGAUAAACUUCAAGCACAAAAUCAAUAUUUAGAUGCAUUAGAACAAAAUGAUGUGAAAAGAAUGAGAGAACUUUAUGAAAAAUAUAGUUCAGGACGUCCAACAACUGAAAGACCUGCUAGUCCAGCUACAUUUGAAACACCUAUGAAUAAAAUUGAAUCAGAAGAUGAACAAUUUAAAUCUUCAAAAGAAUCAAAAGAUACACCUGUUGAUAAAAUUAUAAAAGAUAAAGAUAAAACGGAACUUAUAUCUGGAUUAGAUGCAUAUUUAAGUACCCAUACAAGUGAAGAUAAUGCAAGUUUCGAAGAGAUGAUGAUUGAAGCAGAAAAAAGAUUAAAGCUUAAAUUUGCUUGGCUUUAUAAAGCUGAAGAGAAUUCUAAAAUAUUGAAAAAUGAUAAAAAUUCAGAUAUCUUAGCUCUUGAAAAUGAUAAUAAGAAUCAGUUAGACAGUUGGAGUUAUAAAAAUAAAAAUUACAUUAUGUAUGUUCCUGAUGGAGUAGAAUUAACUCCUGAUGAAAGAAUAGAUUUAGCUAAGAAAAAACAAAUAGUAGUACAUGAAAAUACAAGACUUCGAAUUAAUCCUUUUAAUGAACAGCAGAAUAAAGAAACUAUUAAUGAAUUAGCAAAAAAUCAAUCAAAGGCUAAUGAUGGAAAAAUAGGAGUUGAUGGGAAAGAAAUUGUAAGAAAUCCAACACCUAGAGUAAAUGGAUUUAGCUUUGUAGCAACUCCAAGUCCAAGACCUGGAGAAUGUGAGAGUCCUUUAAUGACAUGGGGUCAAAUAGAAGGUACACCAUUUAGAUUAGAUGGGGGGGAUACACCAUUAUUGAGAACAAGUCAAGGACCAUCAUUUAGAAUGGCAGAACCACCAAAAAGAGAACAACUUGCAUUACAACUAGCAGAAAAAGCUGGUGAAAGACAUAGAGAUAGAAAAAAUAAAGCUUUAGAAGCAGCAAGAAAAUCAUUAGCAACUCCAUCACCUAGAUCAACCAUGGAUCGUUUAAGUACAAUGUCUCCAGCUGCUAGAAGAUUAGCUACUCAAAAACUUCGUAUAGCAAGUACACCAACUCCACGAAGGAUAUCAUCUUCAAAGACACCAUCAAUAGGUAUCAGAACACCCAGCACUCCACGAAUAAAUACAGUUUUAAAAUCUGAAAAUCAUCUUGAAAACAGCAAUACACGGUGUCAAGAUUCUGUUCUUACCGAUAAUUUACUUAAUUUGCCUCUUCAAAGGCAAAGAGCAGCAGACUUUUUUAAUAAGUAAGAUGUAAAAACAUGUAAUGUACUGUAUAUAACUGUAAAUAUAUUAUUAUAUAAUAGAAUAACAAAUGUAAAAAAAUAAAUCUUCAUUAUCUAAAUGACAAUUCAUAUUUUAUAAUAAAAUGCUUAUUAAAAAAU